AUGCAGCGCAGCCACAGCAACCAAGUGGACGAGGGCUAUUCGGGGGAGGAGACGAGGAGCCAGUCGGAGAGCGAGAUGUACCACGGCGACCUGGAUCCCGCCACCCGCCAGAUGCUCGAGCUCCUACUAGCGAUGCCGGUCGAGCAACGCAGACAGAUCAUUGAGGCCGGCAUCCGCAGUCUCCCCAGCGCGGAGAAGCAGGCGGUGGGCCAUUACUGCACGAACCUCACCCACUUCGACCCAGCCCUCUACCUCCCCGCCGAGCUCAUGCUGGGUGUCUUAUCCUACCUCUCCCCCUACGACCUUCUAAUCGCAUCACGAGUGUCCCUGGCGUGGCGACAGCGGGCUCAGGACGAGAAGUUGUGGCGGAUAUGUUUUGCGCGCGAGGGGUGGGUGAUGGAUCGGGGGAAGAUGGAUGCGUUUGAGGAGAAGGCGAGGCUGAAGGGGAGGAGGGUUGCCGAGGGUGGGAUUCAGCGGAAGGGGAGUCGGAAGCGGAAGACGGAGGAGGCGUUUAGUAGUGAGGGGGAGGCGGCGGCAGAUAGGAGGAUCUCGGGUGGGUCGUUGGGAGAGGAGGAUGGGAUGGAGGGGGUUGAGAUGGCGGGACGGAGUGCAGAUAGUGCGGUUGUGUUGAGGUCUGUUGGGAGAAGUCGACGGCCGUCUGUUGCUUCUGUGCAGCCAGCGCUGUAUCCGGGAAUGGAUGGAUAUCAGAGUCCUUCUGAUGCCUUUGUGAAGCUCAAACCUGGCCUAUGGAGAACGAACACGGACACCCCCAAGCUCAGCUGGCCAUACUUAUACAAACAACGAGCACGACUGGAGAAGAACUGGGAGACCGGUCGCGCCGCAAGAUUCCAGCUACCUUUAGCUGAGCAUGCUGACGAAGGCCAUACCGAAUGCGUCUACGCCGUCCAGCACACAAGCAGACAUUUAGUCUCAGGCUCACGCGACCGCACCAUCCGGGUCUGGGAUCUCAACACCUACCGACUAAAACGCACAAUGACCGGCCACGACGCCAGCGUCCUCUGCCUCCAAUUCGACGAGCGACCGGAACACGACAUCAUCGUCAGCGGCGGCAGCGACUCCUACGUCAUCAUCUGGCGUUUCAGCACGGGGGAGAUCCUCCGCCGCAUGACGACCGCCCACUCCGAAAGCGUCCUGAACCUCCGCUUCGACGACCGCUACAUCGUCACCUGCAGCAAGGACAAGAGCAUCAAAGUCUUCUCCCGCCACGCCCUGCAUAAAUCCGACCCGCUCGUCCCCACCCAUCUCCUCUCGGACGAGUGUGCGAACGUGGUAGAUGCCCGCGGCAUGAUCGCCGAAUACAGCCUCCUCACCACCUUCAUCGGCACCCAACUAGGCGGCCACCAAGCCGCGGUCAACGCCGUCCAAAUCCACGGCGACAUCAUCAUUUCGGCUUCGGGAGACCGCAACAUCAAAUCCUGGUCCAUCGACACCGGCAGAAUCCUUCGCACCUUCACCGGCCACACCAAGGGGAUCGCCUGCGUGCAAUUCGACGGCCGCCGCAUCGUCUCGGGAUCCAGCGAUAACACCGUCCGGAUCUUCGACUCCCAAACCGGCGCCGAAGUAGCCUGUCUCCAGAACCACCAGUCCCUCGUCCGAACCAUCCAAGCCCGUUUCGGCGACCUCAAUACCGUCACCGAUGCCGAAUUAGAGGAGGAAGCGAACACGAUAUCGCAGGACUUCUACCACGCGCUGGAGAAUGGGAUGCCGAUGCCUUCGUGUGGGAGUCGGCGCGGGAGGAACGCGGGGUCCAGACGGCCGGAGGAUAUUACGGCGACGGGGACGAAGGUCCCGCCUGGUGGGGGGGGAGGCAGGUGGGCGAAGAUUAUUUCCGGGAGUUAUGAUGAGACGGUUAUGAUUUGGAAGCGGGAUCGGGAGGGGGCGUGGCGGGUGGUGCAGACGUUGGAGAUGGAUGGGGCGGGUCGGGGUGGGGCUGCGAGACGACGGGUUGCGGUUGCCGUUCCUGCUGCGGCUGGUGGGCAGGGAGGGCAGGCCGGGGUUCAGGUGUUGGGUGCGCAGCAGAUUGUGCAGCAGGCGGCUCAGCAGACCCAGGUCUUGGCGCAGCAGAGUCUACAGCAGGCGCAGGGGAAUAUCGCCGGGUUGUAUUCGGCUAUGCAUCAUUUGGCUGCCGCUCCUGGUGGCGCCAAUCCCUCCAAUCUUAAUGCCAAUACAACUACCACCACAGCGACCACAACAGCAACCGGCACUGCGGCGACACCCGGCCCCAGCACUCUACCUAUGAUCGCAGCAGCAGCAGCAGCAGCAGCAGCCCCAGACCAACUCCCCGGUGCAGUAGCGGCGCACAAUGCCUGGCUGCUCGCCCAAAUGAGUAAUGCGAUGGCGAACGGAGGCGUGCCGCCUGCUGCGGGGAAUGGUGGGAACGAUUUAUUGGCGCCGUUGCAGCAGUUGCAGCGGGGGUUUGGGCCGUUGGUGCUGCAGCAUGCGAUGUUGACGCAGCAGAAUCAGGCCAGGGCGCUGCAGGGUGCUCAGCUGGGUUUGCAGGGUAUGCAGGGUGUGCAGCAGAAUCAGCAGCAGGCUCAGGCUCAGGCUCAGGCUCAACAGUAUCCAGGCCAGAAUUUCGCGCCGGGUGCCUCGGGAUCGACUCUGGGGCCUUUGUUGCACAAUCCACCACUGCUUGAUCAACAUCCACAACCCGCACCACAACCCGCACCACAACAACCUCAACCCCAACCUCAGCCCCCAAGCCAAUCUACCCUCGGCCCUCUCCUCCACAACCCCCUCCCGCUUCCAACAGCAAACACUGCGCCACAGCCAAUAGCAGCAGUAGCAGCAGCCCCUCAACCUCAGCAUCAUCACAGAGAGAGCAAUCGGGUGUUUAAAUUGCAGUUCGAUACUAGACGCUUGAUUGCUUGUAGUCAGAACCGGGUGAUUGUCGGGUGGGAUUUUGCCGAUGGGGAGAGGGAGUUAGAGCGGGUUGGGGGGUGGGGGGUUGAGACUGCGUAG